GUUUUUAUUUUAUUGAUUUAAAAUUACUUUAAAUAACAUAUUAACGAAAUUUAAAGGAAAUUGGAUAAUAAGUUUAGAAAUUACUUCUUAUAAUUUGCUGAAUUGUUUAUUUAUUGGUUGCUAUGGUGUUAUUAACUAUGUCAAGAAAUCUAUUGUCUAGUAUUAAAUUGCCUUCAAAAAAUUUGAUUCCGAUAAUUUCUACAUUUGUCCAACCCGUGUACAGUUAACCACAAAUCAAGCUUACCAAGAAAAUGUCUGGGAUAAAACAAAUUAGAAAUAAAGGUCUACUGCCUGAUUUGAGGAAAGAGGGUGUACUUACCAAAGACGUACUGCUUUCUACCCAAGAUAAACAUGUUGGCCCAGCUGGAUCUAGACUUUUUUCGCACCAUACACUUGCAAGUAUAAGGCGGCUUAGUUUUUACCAUCCAUUUUUCUUGCCAAAGGAUAGUCUGGAUUUUAUGUUGGCUACCACGUACAAUCACUCAACAGAAAGGUUCCCGGAUCAGGAGGACCUGUAUCUACAGCCAGAGACGAUUGGCUGUGACACUUGGCGGCGACUUCGGAAUACUUACGACAAACAUCCACCUGUCGUUAUACCUUUGGGCCACCCAAUGAAGCGGGGUGGAAUAAAGGAGCACCGAUCUCCAUUCAGCGUGAAACUCAUGAACUCUGGUGUCCAUUCGUCGCAAACCAACCCGGGAUACAGCCGACAGCCCGCUGGUGGCGCCAUCUUCUUCUACUAGUUGCACUCAUUUCUUUUUAUUAGCUAUCUACCUUUUCUAUGAGUAGGGAGUACUAUAUCUCUGUGUGUUUACUAAUAUCACACAUUGGUUUCAUCUAGGUAAAACGCUCGACAA